AUGACCAAAGUCGACGAAAAGUCGUCGCUAGCAUUUGUUGUAUCUUCUUCCAACGUCUUCUGUAGCACCUGUCGGCGUCAGCUACCGACACUUACACUCGUGGUAGUGCUGCUGGGCGUCGCCUCAAUAGUGGCACUAAUCGUGGACUUGUCCAUCGUGACGACCAGCUUGAAUCUGAGCCAAUCGGCACAUAGCCUGCAGCAUCUGGAGAAGCCUGAUGGCUACACUCUAGAGCCGGACGUCGCCAGCAACAAAUCAAGCGAGAUAACUGAGACUUUCGGUCGUCACGUUGUGAUAACGUCACCAUCGGAGUCAGAGCUGCAACUGAGCGAGAAACAGCUGAAGCACCUCAAUCGCUCGGUAGCGCAACGUAGGAGACCACCUCAUGUUUACGAAAGUCACAAGACAAAGGACGAGUGUUACGCUGAACAAGAUGUGGGGAUCAUUGACGAUGUGCGUAAAUCAGCCAAAACAUUUUGCGCCAGUGGAGGGUGGGACCAUCCAGCUCAGGCGCCAGCAAGUCCGACUCAAGCGACGAAGGUGUCACGUUUCCAUACGAGAGGAGGUAUCGAUAGCACCGUGUUGCAGAACGUCAUGCUGGACUUCGUGAAUGUGUCGAUUCAUGCUCCAAUCAAGUCGAUAGCCGACGACGGUUUUCAUCACGACCCGAGGUUCAACUUCAACAUGGAGCUGAUCAAUUGUGCGUGCGAUGAAUAUGCAAACUACUUCCAGAAGCUGCCGGGGGAGAAGGAACGCAUCGCAGAAAUGAUGUGGCGGGAUCUGUUGAAGUCAGUGCCGGACAAGAAAGACAUUCCAGAGCCGGUGUUUUGCUCGGUGGAGAGACUCCCUGGAAGAAGUCGAUCGAGGUGGGACUUUGUUGAACAUCCAACGAAAGCUCCGGAUGGCCAUGAGACGGUGGUGUUCGAAGAUCCGGUGGUGUUAGUGGCACGCCACGACGACCACAACCCGUUUUUCCAACUCUCGAGCGCGUAUAACGCGUGGAUUAUACUGAAGGCACUGGAGUGGGAUACUAUGAAGACGCGUGUGAUUCAUCUAGACGGGGGCUACCCUUCGCCGUAUGACGCUUUACACCGAGAAAUGUUGGGACCAAACUUUGAGAUCAUUGAGGGUGCGACGCUGAUCGGUAAACGCGUGCAUUUUCGCGGCGAUGUGUUGCUCGCUCCGUUUGAGUUUUCAGGACCCGUGAUUCAGCAUGUGGAUCACAACGAGUCGUGCUACGACUCUGAAUUGCUGAAGUCGUUCCGUGCCCAGUCUCUUCUCGCCUUUAAUAUAACACCGGAGGUCGAACGCGAGCUUGGUGUGACGAGGAUCCGGCCGAUGUAUGUGACGGUGAUCACUCGUCGGCCGUACGCGGGACGUAAGCUGCAACGCAUAUGGCGGAACGAGAAUGAGGUGAUGAGGAACAUGCGGAAGGAUUACAACAAUCUCAGCGUGCAGUUUCGUUCGAUCGAUUACGUGAACCUCACGCUACAUGAACAGAUGACGACUACCAUCGAGAGCGACAUGAUCGUCAGUAUGCACGGCGCUGGUCUCGUCAACGUACUUUGGACACGACCGAUGACUACAAUCGUGGAGAUUUUCCCGAAGGAGAAGUAUCGUUACGGGUACCAAAACAUUUGCCACCACGUGGGCUGCGACUGGCACGAAUUUCGUGGUGGCAAGGACGUUGGUGGGGGCUCAACUCCCAACACCAAGAACAAGCGCAUUCCGUACGCUGAGUGGAAGGAAUUUUUCCAUCCGCUGUUUCAGCAGACGUAUGACGCCUUCGAGGAACAGCAAGCGGUGUUGCGUGGAGAAGCUUCGUAG